AAGCCUGUGCUAAGGCAGCCAGUAUGUCCAGUACCUACGCUCACAACAGGAAAAACUAACCUCGCUAUCUUAGACUUUUCUGCCACCUACUGGGACGAUGUAAUUCCUAUGGACCUCAACACGAUCGCUGGUACAGACCUUACCGAAUUCGAGAUUCAACUCGUCGAACAAAAGCGACAAGCAGCCAAGAAGAAAAAAGCCAUGCUCGCUGGUGUCAAUCUCGUGACGGAGCCGGCAGUACAUGAAGAGCCGGCUAUGGAGACGAUUGCUGAAGCUCAAGAGGAGGCGACUCCCGACGUCGAGACUGCGCCUACUGUUCCUGAAGAGCAAACGACGGAAGCCGCCGCGAAUGGUGAGGAGGAGACGGCAGAGGUUGCAGAGGCGGCAGAAGCUACCGAGAAUGAUGAGGUCCCAGAUACACGAGUUGUUCAUGAAAACUUUAUCUGCAACAUGUGCAUGGCGGAUCCUAUCAAAGGAAUCCGAUACCAGUGUGCCAAGUACGUAAAGUUGGCCGUUAUUCAAGCAUUGCUAAUGAAGAAGGUGCUGCUGCCGCUGCUCCAGAAGAGCCCGCUGAAGUCACUUUUGGCUCCCAACCCAUCCACGAAGGCAUUUAUUGUGAUGGAUGUCGCAUGCCCGCUAUCAUUGGUCCUCGAUACAA